GUUCACUUCAUUCCGGAACAUAUCCAGGUUAAUAUCUCGUUUGUUUUGUGCUGAUAUUAUAAAGACACAGAAUGACGGAAGAACUGGACAUGGUCAACCGAGACCCCAACAACAUCAAUGACCAUCUCAAGGUCACUUUUGAGGAUAUUUUGGCAGAACCAGAGGGCGCUCACAGUCUUGACUGCGUUUGGAAAUGUUCAUACAGAUGCUUCAAUUGCUGGAAGGACCUUUGUUACUACAUUCUGACCACAAUGUUCGGGAUCUGUAUCGCCGCAGAGUGGGGAUGUGAGUUCGCAUAUGUAUCAUUCGUACAUAUCUGGUACGUGACACCCAUGUUCAAACUCCUCGAGAUCAACUGCGCGUGCAUGCAAAAGUUGUACGGCCUGUGUAUUCAUUGUUGUAUGGAUCCAUUCUGUGAGGCAAUGAGUAUUAUGUUCUCGCCAUUCAAACGCUAAAGGGACUGCGAUCAACAUGACAUACCCCGGCUACGACACCACUCCGGGAAAUAAUUCCGUUUUAUAAUUUAUUCAGACCUGUUGGAGACGUGAAUGGUCUUUCGAACAAGGAAGCGGCGCACAUUGACCUUCUUUAUAACACACUACUAACAAUAUAUCUAUCAAUUACCAGUGUAAAAGUGGUCCCCACAAAACAUGGAACGAAUCUGACAAAAGAACUCGUUGGUAAAAUUAGCCAUUAUUUUUAUUGAUUACAUUGAUACGAUAUCGGCUGAAAUAUUUCCAUAAGUGAAUAAAGGAUAAAUUGUGAUGAUCUAACUUGAUUUUUAUGUUUUGAUAAAAUUCAUCAAUUAAACAUGUAAACUACAUGGGCUAUAUUUUGUGUGGUAUGUACUCAUUCUCGUCUUUUUACUUUUAUCAUUUUCUGUAUUAUUAUUGUUAUAGAUUUACAUGUAAAAUAUUUAUAAUAAAUGUCCAUCACUGAUAUCA